AUGGUAACAACAAGAGCUACAAAUCGAAGUCGCGAUACGAAUUUAAAAAGAUCAAAGAAACAAGUGGAUUUAAAGGAAGCAUCAAAGAAGAAAAAGGCAGAAAAGACUGUAAGUAGCGAGGGCUCGCUGGAAAAUCUUCAAAAGCAAGUUAGGCAGGAUCGACGAUGGUCAUUGAAAAAGUAUAAACCUAAUAAAAAGCCAGAUAGCUAUUUUGAAGAAGGCAAAUAUGUUUUAGUAAAAUACAGUUUCUAUCCAUGGUGGCCCUCUAGAAUUGUCCGUAGAGAAGAGAUACCUCAGGAUAUAUCGAAACGAUUAGCAAAAUACAAAGGACUAGCAGUACAAUUCCUUCCGUCUAGAGACUAUGCGAUUAUACAAAUGGGCAAUGUCGGCUGCCUAGAUCUUUCCUAUAUAAGACAGACCAUUGAGAUUAUUGCCGACUCAAUCAAAAAUGAUUGCUCGUUUUCUGAUGCUGAGGAAACAGAAGAAGAAGAUGAACAAGAAGAGGAGGAAGAUGAAGCAGGCGAGGAAUUUAAGGAAGAUGGGACGAAACAAAUUCCUUCAUCUGAGGAUGAAGGGAAAGACACUACUAUAGAGAGAACGUACAAAAAAAGCAACAGAAAAGAAGGGAUAGGAUAUACAAGUCCUGAUUCCGGUGACCGGCACAUUCGAAAUAAAAACAAGACUGUUCCCCCAACCCAAGCAUCACCAGGAAAGCAACUUACAAAGAAAGAGUCAGAAAAGGAAGCAGCAAGGGCUAGUCUCUCUCCACCAAAGCUCCCAGUAUUUUCUUUUAAAUCUCAGCUGGAUCAACCUCUUAGUACAACGGACCUUUAUGCUCAAGCCUAUUAUGCUCGAGCGAAGAUAUUAAUGUACUAUUGUUACAAACUACAAAGAAUCCUGCUUUGUUUCAAUCAUUAUCCUACCGAAUCCGAAAUGACUGAUGUCCAUUCCAUUUUGGAAAAAUUAGAGAACUUUUCAGGCUUAAACGCAGAGUUGAUUGAAAACACAAAGCUUUUCGAACUCUUUUCUCAAUUAAAAGAACUUUCAGACCUGCAAUUAGAGCACCGAUACCACUUUGUUGACAGAUUCCACGUCUUAUUUACCUAUUUUCUGAAACUGUUGAACAAACCAAAUUUAUCUACCCUUGAAACGAACCCGCUAAACAAAAAUGAAAUUGUGGUCAAUCCUACAAUUCCUGCAUAA